AUGGCCCCUCGCCCUUGUUCACUGUUUUCUUAUUUCCAGGUGUCACCUCGGCGUUUAAGGCCACGCUUACCCGGCGUCACCUUUCGGAAUGUCCCCAGGCGCCGGACGGGGAGCAGUGGGGAAAAUGAUGAUGAGACUGACCAGAACUGGAAACCACCAGAAAAUGACCUGAUCCAGAAGUUAGUAGCACAGAUUGAAUAUUACUUCUCAGAUGAGAACCUUGAGAAAGAUGCCUUCCUUCUAAAGCACGUGAGAAGAAAUAAGAUGGGCUAUGUCAGCGUUAAACUCCUCACUUCUUUUAAGAAGGUGAAGCACCUUACCCGCGACUGGAGAACCACAGCCUAUGCCCUGCAGUACUCGGACACUCUUGAGCUCAAUGAUGAUAACAAGAAGGUUAGAAGAAAUACUCCAGUUCCAGUGUUUCCAAGUGAAAACCUCCCUACCAGGAUGUUACUGGUGUAUGACAUCCACAGGAUUUCUGAGCUGGAGGCAGGUAACAAACAGCAAGAAAACGGAUGCGUGCAAGAAAGGCUAAUGGAGCAUCUCCUCAAAGCCUUUGUCACUUUCGGUGCAAUUUCAUCAGUUCGUAUUCUCAAGCCUGGUAGGGAUCUACCACCUGACAUCAGGAGGGUCAGCAGCAGGUACACCCAACUGGGAACUCAGGAAUGUGCAAUUAUAGAAUUUGAAGAAGUAGAUGCUGCCGUACGUGCUCAUGACUUCAUGUGUGCUGAAAAGAAAGAGACCGGCAUGAAGGUUGUCCUAAUAGGCAUGAAACCUCCAAAGAAAAAGGUUCCCAAAGACAAGAACCGUGAUGAGGACACCAGCAAGAGCAUUAAGAAGGCUAAAUCCCUUAAUAAGAGAGUUGAGGAACUUCAGUUUGUUGGUGAUGAAUCUUCAGCAAACAGCUCUUCUGACCCAGAGAGUAACCCGGCGUCACCGCUGUCAGGACGCAGAAGCACCACAACGAACGCCAGGAGUAAUUUGAGCCCCGUCAUUCAUCCAACCAACCAUUUGAGUCCUAACGUGUCACCCAGAUCGAGUCCUUGGAACAGUCCAUCUUCACUAAGAAAAGUGACCAGGAAGUCUCCACUGGCUGAGGACAGCAAGCUCAACCCAGGCACUAGCCCUGAGAUGGCACGGAAAGGUACGGAUUAUUCCUCGGACAGCAGCGUCACCCCCUCGGGCAGCCCCUGGGUGCAGAGGAGAAAAGCUCAGACUGUGACACAGGAGAAGAGCCCCGUGGGUAGCCCCAUGUUGGCUCGGAAAAUACAGAAGGCAGAGGGGCUGCCCGUCGGGGUGCUGCGGCUGCCCAAGGGCCCUGACGGCACCAAGGGGUUCCACCACGGGGGUGAGAGGAGGAAGGCUGCGAAGAGCGAAUAGAUCAAGCAGUUUUACAAGUCACUCAACUGCUUUUGUUCGAGCCUGGUGAAAAAUUGUCACUUGAGUGACCAAGUCAGUAUUUAAUUUUCAAAGGUUUUGUAUUCAUAUAGAGACUUUAUCAUGUGCAUAUUUAUAUUCAUAUAGAGACUUUAUCAUGUGCAUAUUUAUAUACUCGCUUCAGCGUCUCAGGCUCGCUGAGGUUGGAAGGCAUCUCUGGAGAUUGUCCAGGCCACCUCCUUUGCUCAGGCAGGGUCCACUACAGCUCCCUUGGGGGUUUGAACAUCUGCGCGGCUGGAGGCUCCCCAGCUGGCCUGGGCCACGUGUCCCCACCUUCAGCCACCCACACAGGACAAGGUGUUCCCUUACCUGCAGGUGGAAUUUCCUGUUCCAGUUGCCGCCCCUUUUCCUGUUACUGGGCAUUGCUGGGAAGAGCCAUCGCCACCUUCUUCCCCCCUUCCCAGCAGGUAUUUAAACACGUGGAUGUGAUCAGCCCCCCCUUCUCUUCUCCAGCCCGAGCAGCCCCCGCUCUCCCGGCCUCGCUCCAGUCUCUAACCCACGUAACGCUCUCACCCGCUGCCCUGCCCUGCCCUGCCGGGGGUUUUGUAACGUAGCAGUUCCAGAUGCCCAAAUAUCGAAAGAGGCACAGAAAUCACUCCUCUAACUACACGCCCUGCAAAGCUGCGAUGCUGGAGAGCAACAAGGAAGUACUUACAGCUCAGCAGCCGUGCGAUGGUGAGCUGCGGGGUGUUUCUGCCCUCACCUUGAGGAGCAGAGGGUUUGCAGACUCUGUUUUCUUGCAGAUGUCUCCAAAGGCAGUGGUGCUCAGUAGGACCAAAAUGUGUAUUUUCAUGUGAUGUGAAUAAAGACUCUGAGCAUUGAAGACUGUUUUGUAAGGGUUAUCUUAUCUAAUCAGAUGGAAAUAAACAAAAAUAUUAAC